AGAGGCAAAGUCUCCUCUUUACAGAUGAGAGUCCUGCACUCAGGGGUGGCAGUGUGAGCCGCCCACUCAGGUGAACAGAGCCUGGUCUCUGUGGGGUCCCUGUGGGGCUUACAGCCAGCGCCUCUGCUUUAAAGAGAAGCCUCUCUCCACUGCAUCCCUAAGCGUUUGUACCGCCAUUGUAUUCCCGGAAGUGGCUUUUCUUCUAGAAGACUCUAGGGUGUGAUUUCUGAAGAGAAGAAGGAAGAGGAAGGGUGGAGGUUAGGAAACAGUGAGUCGGGCCUGUGGGUCUCUCCUGGUGUCCUGAGAGCUUCUGGGUAGAACUCGGAGACACCACGACAAACUGCGCUCUGUCCGCAGUACAGGGUUCAGGCAAAGUCUUAGUCUCCAGGCAGUGAGGUCAGGGGUGGGGAAGCCCAGGGCUGGGGAUUCCCCAUCUCCUCAGUUUCACUUCUGCUCCUAACCUGGGUCAGGUCCUUCUGCCCGGACACUGAUGACGCGCUGGCAGGUCUCACUAUCAUUGGGUGGCGAGAUCCCAGGAGCCAAUCAGCGUCGCCGCGGACACUGGUUAUAAAGUCCACGCAGCCCGCGGGACUCAGACACCCGGGAUCCCAGAUGGGGGCGAUGGCUCCGCGCACGCUGCUCCUGCUGCUGGCGGCCGCCCUGGCCCCGACCCAGACCCGCGCGGGCUCACACUCGAUGCGGUAUUUCGAGACCGCCGUGUCCCGGCCCGGCCUCGGGGAGCCCCGGUUCAUCUCUGUGGGCUACGUGGACGACACAGAGUUCGUGCGCUUCGACAGCGACGCGGAGAAUCCGAGAGAUGAGCCGCGGGCGCCGUGGAUGGAGCAGGAGGGGCCGGAGUAUUGGGAGCGGGAGACACAGAAAUCCAAGGGCAAUGAGCAGAGUUUCCGAGUGAGCCUGAGGACCGCGCUGAGCUACUACAACCAGAGCGCGGGCGGCUCUCACACACUCCAGUGGAUGCAUGGCUGUGAGGUGGGGUCGGACGGGCGCCUCCUCCGCGGGUACCUGCAGUCCGCAUACGACGGCCGCGAUUACAUCGCCCUGAACGAAGACCUGAAAACGUGGACGGCGGCGGACAUGGCGGCGCAGAUCACCCGACGCAAGUGGGAGCAGGCUGGUGAAGCAGAGAGAUACAGGGCCUACCUGGAGGGCGCGUGCAUAGAGUGGCUCCGCAGACACCUGGAGCGCGGGAAUGCGACGCUGCAGCGCAAAGGUGCUGGGGCCGCGGGCAGCUCCUCCCUCUGCCCUCGGGCUGGGGCUCAGUCCUGGGGAAGAAGAAACCCUCAGCUGGGGUGAUGCCCCUGUCUCAGA